CAUUGAUUCAUUCGUAAAUUUACUAAGUACGUAUGAGUUUGAUUAAUUAUUUGUUUAUUCGGUGAAUUAAACAUACGCACCAAAUCAAUCUAAUCGGGGUGAUUAAGCUGCACAACUCCCUACCGACAGCGUUGCAUUAGACAUGUCUGGGCGUGUGUACGCCAGCAUCCUCCAAAGAGCUUCAAGCUACACAUUGACACUUUCUUCCAGUACCCCAUUCCAGUAUGCCCACCUUGUAGUGUUUCCCUCUUCUCAGCCUCGACCAGCCAACAUUUGUCACUUCUCAUCCUGGGGUACCUUCAGAUCAGACCACUUGUGCUCCAGAAGUGACGAGUCAGGAAAUUGGUCUCAAAGAGGGCGACAUCUGUCAACUCGUCAGGAUCUAGACUUCCAGCUCAGCCGGGUCCAAAUCAACAGUAUUCUGCGAUCUAAUGAACAGAUUGUGAGUGUGCCAGAGUUUGAUGGCAGGGGACUGAGUGGUGUGAGAAAAUUUGAGAGUAACCAGUUAGCUGCUAACACACCUAAUGAGGACCGUCGCAGUGCAGCCACCUGCCUACAGACAAAGGGCAUGCUCUUUGGAGUGUUUGAUGGCCAUGGGGGUUGGGCAUGUGCCCAGGCUGUCAGUGAGCGACUGCUGUAUUACAUAGCUACUGCAAUGAUGCCAAAGCAAAGCCUGGAAGAGCUUGAGAAGUGCAUGGAGCAUGGCAGACCUGUUCCUCCCAUCUUGAAGUGGUACAAACACCAUGCAGACUUCAACUAUCGCGAAUCUGCUUCACUCUACAUUGACCACCUCAGAGUUUUCUGGCAGGAAUUACUAGACAGUGAGGAACAUGGUGAAGGCAUGAUCCCUCUGGAUGCUCUGGAAUGUGCUUUCAAACGGCUCGACGCUGACAUCUCCUUGGAGGCUCAAGUCCCUCUUUCCAAUGACCUGAUGAAAAGCACAGCCAUCCAGGUGGCGUUCGCUGGUUGCACUGCCUGCGUGGCUCAUAUUGGCACGGACGGGAUCCAUGUGGCGAAUACCGGUGACUGCCGAGCAGUAUUGGGAGUGCGAGAGGAGGAUGGUUCAUGGAGUGCUUUACCUCUAUCCCAGGACCAUAACUCACAGAACCAGGCUGAAGUGGAGCGAAUCAAAGCCCAGCACCCACCCUCAGAGAGAGACACAGUGGUCACAGAUGACAGACUGCUCGGGGUUCUGAUGCCCCUGCGUGCGUUUGGUGACGUGAGAUUCAAGUGGAGCUGUGAGUUGCAGCAGAGCAUUUUAGCCGGCCUGGAAUCUGGAGUGGAUCUCGACUCUCUCAACUUGUACCAGUACACUCCACCUAACUACCUAACUCCACCCUACCUAGAUGUGACGCCCGAGAUAACGUAUCACAGGCUCAGACCUCAGGACCACUUCCUGAUCCUCGGCACUGACGGGCUGUGGGAUGAACUAAGUAGUGACGAGGCUGUACGACUGGUUGGAGAGCACCUGAGCGGGAUUCACCUGCAGGCUCCAGUUUCUCCAUCUGAGAGGCAACUGAAAUUGGGUCAAAUGCAUGAACUCUUACUGAAACGUCAGGCCCGUGCCUCUCCUCCCCUUGACACCAACGGUGCCACCCACCUCAUCAGACAUGCACUGGGCACAGGGGAGUAUGGAGAACUAUGCCAGGAGAGACUGGCCUCUAUGCUCGCUCUGCCAGAGGACCUGGCUCGAAUGUACAGGGACGAUAUCACUGCUACUGUGGUGUAUCUGAACGCUGACCUGGCCAGACCUCACCACAGGUAACAGAACGGUUUUUUUAUACAGAGCUGGACAAUGAUAGCAAUUUGGGAGACAAAAGGUAAUCAUUAAAACCUGUUACAUAAAUUGAUUUCCAAAUAUUUUAAAAUGAGGGAUGGUUUUCAGCGCUGUAUUGUAUUCAGAUACUUUUUCUGAAAUCACUAUUCCAUAGAUUUAACUUAGGGUUACAUACUCCUAUUUGCAGCAUCAGGUCAAAAUACACAUUUCUGUGCAGAAAAAAACAUUUAGUCCUUCAGUGUAUUCAUGCUGGACAUUUUAAAUACACCUAAGUUGUAAGUCAAAAGUGGAAAUGUUGAGAGAAAAUACAAGGCUGCAGAAUAAUGCACACACUCACUUUGUUCCUUGUCUGUGUAUUUGUGUCUCUCUGUCUUGCAGUUUGUUUUAGACAGUCCAUCUUGAUUUCUUUCCUGUUUACCUCUACGUAAGCUGUGAAGUAUAUUUUUAAUUGGUGGGAUUGCUGUGAAAGCAACCCCACUAUAUGUUCUUCUCGUCUCCUAUUUUGUUUGUUUUUCUUCUGCUCACUUUUUUGGCACCUAACUAGAGUUUACAGAUAGACAGAAAAUGUUGAAUUAUCUUAAUAAAUUUGAUUUGGUUAAUAA